AUGGAUAAUUUGCAGAUUGAGGUGUCAGAAGAAGAUGGCUGUCUCCUUGAAUCUGCUAAUGGAAAUCCCAUUUUUGUUUCAAGGAAAUCUGAAUUUGUACCUAUAAAUGGCAUUGAUUCUGGAAAGAUUAAAAUUACUCCUAAACAAACUCAAACUGAACAAAUAGAUGAUGGAAUAGCAAAAGAUGUAGAGUCUAAGAGGACUAAAGAAGAUGGACCAGUGUUCAAGGGGGUAGUCAACUACAAGUAUAAACAUCUGCAGUUGGCAACAAAUAACUUUAAAGCACCAAGGCGUGAAAAGUGGCGAUCCUUCAGGUUACUACUCGUAACACAUCAUCCAGGCAAACUUGUCUUCAUGGUUGCCAAGGAGAGAGGUGGCUCCUCAGAAGAAAAUAGUAGGUUUCCUGCACGUGGAAGGACACUAGGUGCAACCCAAACAGAAAGAGUCUCCAGCAAUGCUUCUCCUAACUCAACCCUACAAACAAGACUCUUGGAAAGUGGCAAUAGACCUGUUUAUCCUUCAACUCAGGAAGCAACUACAAGAAAUGAUAGAAGGUUAUAUUUUAUGAACAUGAAAUUAUUGUCGGUGCUUGUGAGUCCCAUGAGCAAUACAGGAAGCUCAUGAUAUAUUUGGUGAUGUGGAUGAGCUAUUGAGGCAACGCAAGUUUUUUGU